AUGCGUGGCUUGGCUCCGUCGCAAGCCCUAAGGGCCCUGUCCCGCUCCUGCCACAGAAAGACACAGGCCCCGAGCCCUGUUUGUCGAGCUGCCACCACCCGCCAUGUCCAUCAGUCGGUCCGAAUUCCCGCAUUGACAGCAUCACGAGCUGGCCGCAGACCUGUCCUACAGCCUACACCUCUACAUUCCACAUUUAACAGGUCAAACCGGUCCAUCUACAUUCAGACCCAGUCGACCCCCAAUCCCGACGCGCUGAAGUUCAUACCUGACCAUCCGGUCCUCCCCAAAGACUUCCCCUCGACGUUUCUCGAAUACUCCUCUCCUCGCUCGACGCUGGGUGGGCCCCAUCCCUCUCCGCUUGCGGCAAGAUUGCUAGAUGUGGACGGAGCCAAGUCUGUCUUCUACGGGCCCGACUUCAUCACGGUAACCAAGGCGGAAGAUGUGAACUGGGCGCACAUCAAGCCGGAAGUCUUCAGCAUCAUUACCGAGGCAAUCACUUCUGGGGAGCCGAUUGUGAACACGGUGGAUCAAGCUACAGCUAGCGAUGGCCAGGAAGGGGGAGGACAAGACAGUCUGGCGGCUAAUGAUGACGACGACGAAGUCGUGGCCAUGAUCAAGGAAUUGUUGGAAACGCGGAUUCGACCAGCCAUACAAGAAGACGGGGGUGAUAUCGAGUUCCGAGGGUUUGAGGACGGGCAUGUGUUACUGAAACUUCGUGGUGCGUGCCGAACAUGUGACUCGAGUACAGUGACAUUGAAGAACGGGAUUGAGUCGAUGUUGAUGCAUUACAUUGAAGAGGUCAAGGGGGUCACCCAAAUUAUGGACGAAGAGGAAGAAAUUGCUAUCCAAGAGUUCGCCAAGUUCGAGGAGAAACUUCGACAACAGAAAGGACCCGAUGCGGCGCCAACCACAAUGGGCAAGGGAAGCCUGGAUUUUGUUGAAUAA